AUGCAGUCGUUUGGUAACCGGCGCCUUGAGGAAGACGAUGACGUUUUUAAUGAGAAUGCCUGGUAUGUGGUUCAUACGUCUCUUGCUUUGGCUAUUAUCUAGUUGCUAUUUUCCACCUAUCCCUUUUCUUGCUUGACUGAUGGCUCCCAAUAAUUUCUUCCACGAUUCGGCCUUCAAAGUGGUAAGCGCCAUUAGUUGCGCACGUUGGAGCCUUACAACGGGCAUCUUGUCGUUGCUAAUGCACUUUUGGUGGUUUAAAACUAUCUCUAGCUUUAAUCGUGAAAUUAAAAUUACUGGCUGUGACUGAAAUGGACUUCGAACUGCGUGAUCUAUUCUGAAUGCAUUCUUAUCGUUAGAGCCCCCAGGCUGCAAAAUUAGGUUACUAAGGCCAUCGCGUAAUUAUCAGUGGCCGAACGUGAGUAAGAGGGAGUUUCGUCACAGAUUCCUGCCGGUGGCAUCCACAAGAUCACCACGAAAACGACCUAAAAACCCGAUGUUUUUUUCGGAAGUUUGGUAUUCUAAUAAUGGCUCCAUUUAAAAAAGCAGCAAUCACUAUAAUCGGAUCAUAAUUUCCAGAAAAUCGUCAUCAGGCCUGUACAAUUUACCUAUAAAUAUUUGGAGAUGAACAACUUCCUCCACCAUACCAUUACGAGUUGGUUUGUUGAAUAAAACUAACCUGUCUUGACUCUUCAGCACACGGUCGCCGAGUGCAAAAUCGUGCCGCCAUUUGAUGUAGAAUAUCUUCGCCAGUAUCCACUUUACUGAGACACAAACGUACCUCUGUGAAAAAGUUGAGGGGCUCAAGUUUUAGUCUGAAUGCCAAUAGGGACGCCCGAUUUAGACUUGAAGAUUAGGCCCAUCACUGGACCGCCUGUGUAACUGCGGCCUGCAGGCCUGUUUGUGGAGAAAUCGGAGAAAACCCAGCUCAUACAAGCUGUCGGCGAGCUGAAUUUCCCUCCAUGACGGAUACGUCAGUAAUAUUUUUGCAAUUAUUAUCGACUCGAACGAUCUCCCACAAAAAGUCUACGACCAAUUAAAAUCUACUUGGUUUACCGUACAGACAGAAGUCAAUUCAUAAUUUCUACUUCUAGACGUCUUGCUGAGCAUAAGGUUAGACGACAAAGUCUAUAAAAAUGUCCCUGACAACGAUAUCUGCGCUGAACGGAGUACAAACCUUCACACUGAUCUUUACAAACGAGGGUUAAAGUCUGGCUAGUUGAUUGGUCAAUAGAUCCCGAGAGAUACUCGUAGAAACAAUGCCGGAAGAAGAGUUCCAUCUCGUAGGGGAUAGUCGGUACCCAGCCAAAUUUACAGAAAAAGAAUAUGGAAAAACGACCGUCAAACUCAGGAGAAUGUAUGGCCGAAAAAUAUACCUUCACAAGACUUUCAUUUGAUGAAGAUAUAGCAAGCAGACUGCUGAAUCAUCGUUUGCGUUUAACUGUACCGCGUGGGUGCGCCCUGUGGCUAAAGUUUGAAGUGAAUAUCAACAGUAGUCCGCUCUCUCCUCCAGAGGGUUGACUCUUCGGACCCUAUCAGCAUGUAUCUAUUCACCUGUUCGCCAGGUCCGCCUUGUGUGCUGUCCUGACCCAUCUAAUUGAUAUGAUCACCGGAAAAACGUCAAGUAGACCUUUCGCGUUGUGCACAGGGCACCAUCAAACCUGGGCCUCUGGGCUGCCUAGGCUGCAGAUGCACCUUUCUGACUUCGCAGUCCUCCGGGUGCGUAGUUGUUCUUAGUAGAUACUUCGCACGAUGCUGUGGUUUGAGCAGCAGCCGCACUCCGGUAACCUCUUUGAUUGGCUACUCGCCUGCAUACGCCCCACUCUGGUGACUCACUUUGUGUAAUCUGGCUUCCGGAGUUGUGGGGAACCAGCCGUGUUGUGGCAUGAGCAGAGGCUGUUUGCGUCAAGUCUGAACCAUGAUGACAUCAGCAGGAAGUCAGAUCCUCACGAGUUAUCAUCCACUCAGUCACCUCCGACACCCCCUCCAACCCGUUUAAAAAGUUCUACGGAGAGAGCGACAGCCAAUCGGCUGGGCGACCACAGCCAGUUGGAGUCAUUUGCCCAUUAUACCAGUCGUGAGAAUCGGCAACUGUCUGGGAUCUCUUAUCAGCCCUAUUUGGGAAUGCAGUGCUUAAUUCACACGAAGUAUGGGACGACUAUAGGAGGUGCCAUAAACAGGCGCUAGUUUACGCGGCCCACAGCCGACCGCAGCUGCUGGACGCGAUGCAUGCGGUCGAAACGUGAGAAAAACAAUACUCUCCCCACCAGUGUCUUCAUCCAAUCUGGUUCAAGGUUAACCAAAUGGCUAACCCUCCGGUCGCUGUUUACCUUCAUCCCUCCUCACACAAAUAGCCUCCACCCACCUAAAGUAUUUAUAAACCUCAAAUGCAGUUGCGCAGACCUGUUGCUGACUUGCCACAACGAUCUUUCGGUUACUAACUUAUUCAAGUUUGCAAGUGGUGAAAAGGCCAUUCAGGGACUGAAAAAGGCGCGCAACUUUAAUUCUUUCAGCAUGAUCCAGGCGCCCUAGUGACGGAAAUUUGUUCCAAUAUAGUUUGUUCUCUUCAAGGCAAGAUAGGCUUACGUCCGGAGCCUAUAAUACAUAAUUUGCUACUGGUGUAUAAGAGACGUUGAUAUCGUUUAAAGUCGCGGACCUCAUAGGUAAUUUAGGACUCUAAACACGCCUGCGUUUUUCUUUUCAAAGGGACCAGUACGAGUGGACAGAAGAAAUGGAGCGAGAAGCCCAGAAUAUGAUAGAUCUGGCGUCACAAGAACCUCUGCCGGCAGAGAAGCGAGGUAGUCGCUUCCUUCCGAAAUCACCCAAAUGUGUUCAGAACAUUUUCUCAAAAAUGCAGCCAACUUUUGGGAUGAAUUUUACGACCAUCACGAGAGCCACUUCUUCAAAAACCGUAAAUGGCUCACACGGGAGUUCCCUGAGCUACUGGACCGUUCGCUGGCGUCCGGACCAUUUCGGCCAUCAGAACACGCAGAAUUUCCCGGCCAGUCUUCUUCCCUCCGAGUUCUGGAGGUCGGAUGUGGUGCAGGCAACACUGUUACUCCCAUACUCGAGGCCAAGGAGUAAGAAUUUCCCGCUUUUGUGCUCAGGUUGCAUUAACAAAAAACUCUAGACGCGGAGUCGAAGAUACCUUCAUAUACGCGUGCGAUUUCUCCGAAAAAGCGGUUGCCCUCGUGCGAAGUUCCUACCUCUACCAGCCAGAGCACUGCUUGGCCUUUCAACAGGACAUUUCAAAGCCCAACCUCACUUGGCCCUUCCCGCCGGGUAGCAUCGACGUGAUCUGCAUGAUUUUCGUCCUCUCUGCUAUUAACCCCGCCGAGUAGGUUUGGUGGUCUUUUUCCAAUGCGUAAUACGUGUUAAUCCCUUCCCCCCUAAAGCUUUGCGCAGACUGUAUGCAACCUCCGUGAUUGUCUGCGUCCCGGUGGAAUGAUCCUCUUCCGCGACUACGGCCGCUUCGACAUGGCCCAACUGCGGUUCAAGAAGGGUCGAUGCAUCAGCGAGAACUUCUACACGCGGGGAGACGGAACAUGCGUUUACUUCUUCCAGCAAGGUAAUGCACAGUUCUAGUAAUAUUCUGUUGUCUUGUUAGACGAAGUGCGAAGAUUGUUCACGGAGGCUGGCCUCGUGGAGGUGGAAAACCACAUGGAUAGGCGACUUUUGGUGAACCGUCGUCGAAAACUUAAGAUGUAUCGCGUUUGGCUGCAGUGCAAGUAUCAGAGACCGAAGGAAUAA